GUCAUGUCAACCAAAAAAGCAAAGGUAUAUGAAUGUUGUUCUCCUCGAUUUUGCUUACCUAUUUGAAUGGUUUAAUUUGUGUAUGUUUGUGAAGUUAGUGUAUUGAUUUUCGGAGGCAAAUAAACUUUAUACUACAUUGAUCAUGAAUAUAUCAAUUGAAAAGAAACGUUCAGAGUGUCCUGCACUGCCUAAAGGCUGGCAAAGAGAAGAAGUUUUGAGAAAAAGUGGCUUGUCUGCAGGGAAGGUUGAUGUGUAUUACUAUAGCCCUACAGGUAAAAAGUUUCGCAGUAAGCCUGAGCUAGUCCGUUAUCUGGGUGAUAGUAUGGACCUAUCGUGUUUCGACUUCCAACAGGGUCAGAUAAACACAAUGUUGCUGUGCAAGGCCAAGAAAGCGCGAGCGCAGUUUGAUUACAGAGGAGUUCGUUCUGACGCGUCGCUGGUACCACCUAUCCGCCAAACAGCUUCGAUUUUCAAACAGCCGGUGACCGUGUAUAAGACACAGGAGAGCAUGGUGAAGACGGAUUUGAAGCACGGCACUACGGAAAAACCGAAACAGCUGUUCUGGGAGAAAAGAUUGGAGGGUCUAACAGCGUGCGAUGCCAACGGAGUGAUCGGUACGACGUCGCUGCCGAAGUACAUCAAGCCACUGGGCCCCUACAACUCUGACGCUACCACCAUACAAUCGCUGGCCACUGCCCUGCACGUCUCUUCACAGACCAUUACAGGCCAAACCGGGUCCAAGCAGGCGAUCCUGGAGAACCCGGGCGUUUUUUUAAACCCUGAGCAGCCGCUGAUAGCGGCCGUCACCAUCAGCAAGGAGGAUGUUCGCCGUCAAGAGGAGCGCGUUAAGCGCGCGCGUGCGCGGUUGCAGGAGGCGCUAGCGGCCGCGUAGCAGCCCGCCGGCGCGGCCGCCGCGCCGGCCCCCGACCAGUCCCACCACGCCGCCGCCGCCUCCACCGUGCUCCGCGAGCCCGAGCCCGAGCCCGAGCUCGCGCUAGUGCACUCCACCACCGACUAGCGCGCCUACAUGCCUUUAGUGCUUGCAUCCGCCGCGCCGCGCGUUUCUCGAGCGUGUCAUUAAGGAAGGCCAGUAAAAAAACUAAAUUUUCGACGGUAAAUACCAUCGUCGUUAGUUAGACAUUUAUGAAUAAGGGCAUCUUUUAGCUGUACAUAGGCAACAUAUCGGCGUGUACCACAUACUCAAAAUUCCACUGGCGGCACAUGAUAUUCACAAAUUCAUGCGAAGCGUGUUUGUAUACAGGCGGGAGAACGUCGAGUUUUAUUUUAUCAUUUAAUUAGUUAUAUGACAGAUGUAUGUGGAUAUUUAUUAGGUACUUUUAGGUGUUGAUAACACCACAUUUUACGUCUUUCUAAUAACAACAAUUGUAUUAAAUAAGGAAAGUAGCAAUAAAAGUUUUAUAAUCUGUAAA